AUGUACAGCGUUGUGGACUUCGUGGACUCCCCGAAUGGUAGCCUGAAGUCGAUCGACGUCGUGCCUAGCACGUGGGUGAAAAAUGGAAAAUGCUCGUGGCCCCCGUACUCGAACGCGAGGCUGCUCCAGGCGGCAGCUGUUACGUGUGCGGCACCAGACCCAGCUGACUGGACCCUGCAUAAUGUUUCAAUUCUAUGUACUGCAACCGACUACGCGAGAGCAGUGCACAAGUGUCAAAAAUUAACCCGCACGGCGCAACUGACGUCGGAGAGCGAGGUGGACGACAUCGUCUCGUUGCGUCCUAUGGUUGCUACCAUAGAUGAAUCCUUGGAGCGGGGUUGUCUGCCACCAUUUCCGGAUGCAGGGAGGGACGUCUCCACAGUUGCGGAUCAUGGGCAGCGGCCUGGCUCCAGUCAUUUCAGAAACCCCUCACAAGAGAUCAAGGCAAGGAUCCAGGCUCUCCAGGAAUCGGAGCGACGAGCACCAGCCCACAACUCCUCCUUCCCACCUGCGGAGACGCCAGCCUUCCCUCUUCCUAACAAGGACGAUGUGGCGGCUCUAGAGUCCCGGAUUGUUGAAGGAGGCUACCGCCAAACUCUUGUUGAAUGGCUGUCCAAGAUUGGAGGCGAUACGACGCGUGAAGCCGCUGUCCGCGUUCUACGUGCCACCCUGACGGACGAGUUGGCGUCCCAGUAUAGCUGGUUUGGAGCCAAAGGAAAGGUGCAGUUUGGCACACUGCAACUUGCUAGCGUCUUAUAUGACGCUGUCAUCGCCACUGGAGCCAUAACAAAGGACUUCCAAGUCACCACGAUGGGCUGGAUGAAGCAUGCGCGUCAACGAGUGGAGCAGAAGCAAAAAAAGGCUGGGACUGCAAUGGAGGGCUCCAGAGCUCCAUCCCCCCUGGAAGGCGAUCGCUGA